GAGCCCCUUCGCCCGCCACACGCUCUGGUCCACGCUGGUGGUCGGAGUUUACAUGAUGAUUUCCUUCCUCGGGUUAUCGCAGUCCCAGUACCAGCGAUUUGCAUCUGUCCCGACACUCGCCCAAGCUCAGAUGUUAGCAUUGUUGUUCUUUUUGGGAUUGACGCUGCUGUGGGGAACCUUCUACGUCUCGGGCCUCGUCGCCUACGCAAUCUACAGCGACUGUGACCCCCUGAACUCAGGCAAGAUAGAGAAGGCAGAUCAGAUCAUCCCAUACAUGGUUAGUGACAAGCUGGGCCACUUGACGGGGAUGCCUGGCCUCUUCGUAGCAGCUGUGUACGGAGGCGUGCUCAGGUGAGGGACACCUGCUUGUUUAUGACGGUACUGACGCAGCAUCAAGAGGACGACUGGGAAACGUGUAAACUACAUGCUGUCCUCUGUUGAUAACAAAUCGGGGACACUGUCUUUCGAAUAUGUUCCGGCAA